CCUGGAGCGCGCGGGCGAGGCGGGCGCAGCGCACCGGGGCUCUCGUGGGCGCACUGCUGCGCGCUCGCACCGCGCGGCUCUCGGUGGCCGGCCUCCGCCUGAGCGCAGGGCUCCCCGGCUAAGAGCCGCUGCGGCUUCCGAUCGCGACCCAGCUCCCUGCCACUUGGCCCAUCCCGGCCACGUCGUUUUGGCCAUGGCUCUGGCGGACAGCACCCGAGGAUUACCCAACGGGGGCGGAGGCGGAGGUGGUAGCGGCUCGUCGUCGUCCUCGGCGGAGCCGCCGCUCUUCCCGGACAUCGUGGAGCUGAACGUGGGAGGGCAGGUGUAUGUGACCCGGCGCUGCACCGUGGUGUCCGUGCCCGACUCGCUGCUCUGGCGGAUGUUCACGCAGCAGCAGCCGCAGGAGCUGGCCCGGGACAGCAAAGGCCGCUUCUUUCUGGACCGGGACGGCUUCCUCUUCCGCUACAUCCUGGAUUACCUGCGGGACUUGCAGCUCGUGCUGCCCGACUACUUCCCGGAGCGCAGCCGGCUGCAGCGCGAGGCCGAGUACUUCGAGCUGCCGGAGCUCGUGCGUCGCCUCGGGGCGCCCCAGCAACCCGGCCCGGGGCCACCGCCGCCGCACUCGCGCCGCGGGGUGCAUAAGGAGGGCUCGCUGGGCGACGAGCUGAUGCCGCUGGGCUACCCCGAGCCCGAGCCGCAGGAGGGCGCCUCGGCUGGGGCGCCGUCGCCCACGCUGGAUCUGGCUAGCCGCAGCCCGUCCGGGGGCGCGGCGGGUCCCCUGCUCACACCGUCCCAGUCUUUGGACGGCAGCCGGCGCUCCGGCUACAUCACCAUCGGCUACCGCGGCUCCUACACCAUCGGGCGCGACGCGCAGGCGGACGCCAAGUUCCGGCGGGUGGCGCGCAUCACCGUGUGCGGCAAGACAUCGCUGGCCAAGGAGGUGUUUGGGGACACCCUGAAUGAGAGUCGGGACCCCGAUCGGCCCCCGGAGCGCUACACCUCGCGCUAUUACCUCAAGUUCAACUUCCUAGAGCAGGCCUUCGAUAAGCUGUCCGAGUCGGGCUUCCACAUGGUGGCGUGCAGCUCCACGGGCACCUGCGCCUUUGCUAGCAGCACCGACCAGAGCGAGGACAAGAUCUGGACCAGCUACACCGAGUACGUCUUCUGCAGGGAGUGAGCUCCCCACGCCCCCUCGCCACUCUGGCGCCCACUUCCCUUCCUCCCCGCGGGUGACAGGAUUAUAGAUGCCCUUGCUUCUUCCCUGUCUCUAGAUUCCUUCUGCCCUCGCCCCUACCCCUGUCCCCCAAUCCCCCAGUAGCUCACCCAAGUCCCGUCUGCUCCCCACUUGAGAAUCUGCAGCCACAAAUCCUUCGGGCUUCUUUGGACCCCAUUAACCGAGAGAGUGCUCAGGUGUAGCUCAUGCUUCCUCUACUCCUGGCCUCCAACCACCCUUCCCCCAGAUUGUCGUGAUCUAGUGGGACAGUGCAGGCGCAGUCACCAAGUACCCGGGAAUGACUGAACUGUUCAGAACCCGAUAGCACGGUGUCCAGCGUGCAGGGCGGAAGAGUCCUUGACAUCUUAAACCCUUUGACUCCAUAGCGGCUUCAGAGACAGAACUGAGAGCGCUCUGUGGAGACAGUGUUUUCAAAGAUUGUUGCAGACUUGAUCCUCAUUAGAAAGAUAAAGUUCUAGACAACCGAAUGGAAGGAAGACCGUAUGCUGGAAUUAAGACCCCAUGGAGGCAGUUCAGAGACUGUAAAUAAAGUGAUUUUUUUUUUUAAGUUACAGGUAGAAGUAAAUUCUAGUACUGGUAACAGGAGAGAGUUCUAUUUACUCCCGGCACAAUACAUCUCCUGUGGCUUAAAAUUGUAGAAAGCAAUCCUCCUGCCUGCGGAGGCGCCCUUUCUCUUCAGCUGGUUUGCCUGAAGCUUUAGGUUUUGUUGGUUAAGGCUCCUUCUGGCGAGGAGCAGGCAGGGAGAAGGAGAUGAGAAGUCAGCCCUUACUUAGGUCUAGGACUGUGGGAGGGUUGGGGAGGGAGGAAAGAGGGGAGGAAGGGCGGGAGGGAGGAGGGGACAUACUCAUUUAUUAUUUGAAAGUUGGAAGUUUGUAUAAUCCAUUUGAGUACGUGCACAUUUUUAAAAAAAUAUGAAACAGUACGUGUAAACUUAGAUUUUAUCAAGAUUAUUAAAGACCCAUCUUCAGCUGGAAGUCCUAAACUUAGUUGCUAAUACUUGUAUAACCUAACCAAAGAGUUACGUAGUAGAGUUUUAGUGAUUUGAACAUUUAUUUUCUUGUUGAUUGUAUUUCUUCAUUUAUAGCCUAUUUACUUAAGCAAAAUAAGUUUGAUUUUAGUUACUUAAGAUCUCUUAGUAGUAGUAGUAUUUUUAAAUUGCUGUUUUCUGCAAGCCCAGCAAGUGUGGACUGCUGAGCAGUUUUGAAAAAAAAAAAAAAACGGAACAAUGCUUUCUUUCAUGUGUUUGCCGUUGCGGUGGAAUCUGCUCAAGUGACAGAGCUGAAGAUAAACUAAGCACCGGGAGCUGCCCAUCUGUAGAUAGCUGUGAAGUGGGAUGUUUUUAAAUGAAGGCAAACAAAUACUUGAGUGUGAGCUGAGCAAUAACACGGUGUUUUAGGUGAAUGCAACAGAAACAGGAGACCUGGUUGCCUUAUGCCUUUACUCUCAUGUAGCAUGAAUCCCCAAUGUGUAUCCUGUGUACACCGCAGCCGAAAGGAGGUGGGUCUGUAUGCUUCCUUCGGAGAGGCAUCCUUUGGAUAAUCUGUGAUUACGGAGAAGCCUUUUUGUGUGUGUGUGUUUGCUUUAUCAUCUUACUCUGAAAUAUGUUUUUAAGGAUUUUGUAAGAGCCAUUUUAAGUGUUUAAAUUAGCGUUAUUUUUUUCCUUCUUUUAAAAAAACAAACCUUGUACUGUAUAUCUCAUUGUGUCCGCGGCAGAUGUUAUGAGUUGGGACAGUUUUAUUGUCAGACUCUUGUGAUUCAAUCUGUACAUACCAUAUAUAAACAUUUUACACGAAUCAUUUAGUUUUUUAAUUCAUCUACUGAUGCUAUAAAGUUUCCUGUAUUUACUCCUGGUAACUUGCGUUUAAUGGUGUAUAUACAAAAGCAACAUGUUUUGGUGAUUUUCUCACAUCCUUGCUCGUGAACUUGGGUCAGGAAAAUAUUCACAACUAGGAGGCUGGGUUUGCUUCAUACACUUUUGCUGGGAUGUUAGUUGUAUACUAAUCAUAUGUCAAUUAGCUAUCUACCUAUAUUCAAGCUGUCCGCAUUUUUAAUCCAAUAAUGUUUUCAUUUUAAUUGGGAGAGAUUUAAGUUCUUUUUGUUACUUUUUUUUUUUUAAAGAAAAGUUAGCUUCAUACACAAAGUCUGCAGUUUUAAAGAAAGGGAAGCAGGGAUUCAGGAAGUUGUGCUUACUUCAGUGUUGAGCUUGUUUUUAGGCAGUAGAUCAGGUAAAGGCUCAGAACUUUUGUUUCAAGCCUAAAAUUACUUAGAACUGUCAAUCACUGGUCAUGCAUGAGUGUCAGACUUCUCCAUGCCAUGAAACAAUGUUAGACUGCCUAAGAAAGAAAUGUACGAUUAAAAACAUCCUUAGGACAGAUCAAAAUACACCGACAGAUGGCAAGACGGAAGUUCUGAUUCCUCUUGUUAAAUCUGCCCAACUCUAAGAGCCUUGAGAAACUGCCGAAGCUUUGAAGUUUUGUCUGAACUCCUCUUAUGAACUGUAGCUUGGAAAACCAUUCAGUUGUCUCACUAACACACAGAUAUCUCUGUACCUUCCACCAUACCCUGGCUGGUCUGUUAUUUUAAAGACUGGGACAUUAGUGCUAGGGACAGUACAUGGACCUCUUCCUGGAAGUAACUGUACCCUCUGCUGUUGGGGCCAAUGCAUGGACACUUUGUGCUUUUUAGUCCCAAGUUAAGUCUGGGCAUUCAUCUUAUUCUAUGAUAGGUGUGACUGAGUCAGGAUGACGACAUGGGUACUUGCCUCUCCAUGGGCUCUGGGUUGUAGAAGAAACCUUUAGGGCUUAUAAAAUGUUCUAAAAUAUUGAUCAGCACCCAUGAAUUUGAUGACUGUACCAAGCAGAAUAGAGCUCUCAACAGUAUCUUUGAAAUGACCCACAAGAAUGUUAUAAACUAUUCAGAUAUUCAUGACUGCAUUAAUCUAUCUCAGAGAGGCAAUUAUUUGCAUAUGUUGAUCAAAUUACCAUUUGAUGUUCAUAAAUAAUGGAAUGACAUUAGGUUUAAUAAGUAAUUUUUAAAAAGAAGUGUUGACAGUCAUUGUGGCUGUAAAAAAAAAAAACAAAAACAAAAACAAAAAAAAAACCCAAAAAACCAAAACAGGUACCGGUUCCAUGCUUGUUUAUCAGAUGUUCAACAUGUCUGUUUUUUAAUACACGUGGAUUGCAAACCACAUUCGUUCUAAUUCUUCAAACGUGUAAAGGAAAAUAUUCCUUGAAGGUGUGAGAAAUUUCCCCCUUUUAAUACCGUUUUUAUUCUAGUGUUUCUUAUUUUUUUCCCAAUUGCUAGUAAAGUGAUAAUACUGCCCCAAACUGUCUUCUUGUUCAAAGCAGAAUCAUAGAUCUGUAAGCCUGCUGUUUCUCUGAGGAAAUAGAUGAUGCGAAACACCCAGAGAAAACUGGCAGUGCUUACCACAUGGCCUAAUCUCUAUGGUAGUUUCCAUGGAAUGUUGCUAUCACACUAAAGCCAUGUAUUACGAGGCUUUGAUAUUUUUUUUUAACUCUUCAUAUUAUGGUGAAUUCUAAUCUAGUAUUCAAAUCAUUUUUGUACUCCUAUAUGUAAAAUAAACUAUACAGAUAUUUAGAAAAAUAUUGAGUGAAGGAAGUGAAUUCCUUAAGAAUUUCUGUUACAGUCUAAGUUACAAGUACUAUAAAACUGACAUGUUUUAAAAAUAGUAAAUUGGGUAUUUUUAUUGUAAAACUCAUAGUUAAGACUUUGCUUGCAAUUUUUAUUGUGUUUUUCCUUACUACAAAUCUUUUAAAAUCUGAAUAUUUUGGAAAACUUAGGUCUCUCUCUCAAAUAAUGAAUAAAAUGCAGUGUUCUUAUUCCCUGAAUCUAAAGUACUUGGAAGAAGUUUUCACACACCCGGAAGUAGGUUGUGUUGAAGCUUACUUUUUUGUAUAGUACACAUCUCAAAAUAUUAAUACUGGAGGAUUUAGAUUCUCUCCAGGGCUCAUUAAACAAAGAUGGAAGAAUCCUAGCAGAAGACCUCCACUGGAGUCAGCUGUUAGAUGGUAGGAGGGUUGACCAGUUGACCAAGAAUGCUUGUCACUUUACUUUAUAAUGUUUUUCAAGCCAAUUUUGUUUAUUUAAAAUGUGUUUUGAGGUGUGCUGACAUCAAUUGUAAUGUAAACUGUCUUUGUGACUUGAUAGCCAUGGUAAAACUUUGCUAUAACUGUUGAAUACAAACAACACACACUCAUCCAUUACUACUGGUAGUAUCCAUUUGAUGACAAAGAAUUGAAACACUCAUCAUGGGUAUACAUUUUGAACAUGUAAAUUAAAUUUUCUGGGUAUUUGAAAAAAACUGCCAUUUGUAAUAAUUAUUUGGAUUCUGACGUGUUGAAAACAUUAUUUGCUAAGUGACACAUAUCUUUGAGCUGUUUCUUAAAAUCUAAGGGGACGUGAAAAAACAUCAUAAUAUCACACUUUCCUAAUGAAACAUAAACCCAGGAAGAAGAGCCCCUCUAUAUCAAAAAGGAAACAAAAACACAUGGAUGAAAUCUUUUCAGAGGUGCUCAAACUUUGAAAUUGUCUUCAUCCAUCCAAAUGCUCUGCUUCGUUUCUUCUGUUCACAACCAGUUGUAUAAUGGAAACACUCAAUACUGGUUUCCCUGCUGUGUGUGAAGUAAUGAAUCAUUGAUUAUGUGACUUGUUAUGUAUUCUAUUAAACACUAAAGAAUAAAACAUUCACUCCUUUAA